GCAGAAAACAUUACAAAAUGUUUCAUUUCAUUUUACCAAUAUUAUUAGCCACAUUUGUCAGUGGGACAACCUAUAUAACCACGAAUCCACAUAUGAACACUCAAGUCUUUGAAGAACGUGCACUAAGCCAACAAUUGGAAAUGAUUGAUCUAUUGGAUUUGAGUGAUCGGCCAAGGCGUCAAGCCGUGCCGAAUAUUUAUAAUUCUGCAUCAAAGUUUCUUUUGGAAGUGUACAAUGAAAUUAAUGAGGAUCAGGAACCACAAGAAGUUUUACAUCAGCGUCACAAGCGUUCACUGGAUGAUGACAUCUUGAUAUCGGAGGAAGAUCGUCAGGAAAUUGCCAGCUGUAAUAGCAUUUUGACUUUCUCCAGCCGCCAAAAGCAAGAUCUAAGUAACGAUUUGGAUUUACAUGUAACUUUCAAUACAAACGAUGUGCCCAUGGAAUUGUCGUUGAUGCAUGCCAUUUUGAGAAUCUAUAAAGAGCCUAGUUCGGAAGAGCAAAGUAAUAACCUCACAGUGUCUAUCUAUAGAAGGCUAUACAGAAGUCAAGAUGCACCCUAUCGCAUUCUACAUUCAGUGAAUACUACUGCCCAAUUUAAGGGCUGGUUGGAGUUCAAUUUCACACAAACUCUACGCGCAUGGUUGCUCAACAAGAGUAUUCAGCAACGCCAUGAGCUGCGCAUCUCAAUUGGCGAUUCACAAUUAAGUGCCUUGGGUGCCGGAUUAGUUCCGCCUCAGGGCAGUCGCUCCAAUCUGGAACCCUUCAUAGUCGGCUAUUUCAGUGGCCCCGAGCUUCUGGUGAAGAUACAAAAGUUGCGCUUUAAGCGAGAAUUACAGAAACGCAAGGUCGGCGCCCCAAUGCGUUUACCACCGCCGCCCGCCUUUAAGCCACCACAUUCGUGCGAACGCCUCAAUUUCACUGUCGAUUUCAAGCAAUUGCAUUUGCAUAACGAUGUUAUAGCACCAAACAAGUUUGAGGCUUAUUUCUGUGGUGGCGGUUGCAAUUUUCCCCUUGGGAACAAAAUGAAUGCCACAAAUCAUGCGAUUGUUCAGACAUUAAUGCACUUGAAGCAGCCACAUUUGCCCAAGCCAUGUUGUGUGCCAACUGUAUUGGGAUCCAUCACAAUUCUCAGGCACAUAAAUGAGGAUAUAUUUGAUUUAACAAAAUACCAAAAGGCAGUGGCCAAGGAGUGUGGAUGCCAUUAGAAGACCAUCUGGUUUAAAUGCAAUUUUAUUUCUUGCAAAUAAUUU